GAAGAAAGGACAUCUUCAAGUAAAUAUAGAUUAUUCGAGCGCUUAUUUCACAUUGAUCAGGACAGCCUUUUUUUCAAAAUACUCAGAUAUCAUUGCAAUUCUUCUUCUUCUUUGAAAAGUGAAGCAUCGACAUCACGGGAGAAGGGGAUGCUGUUUUAUACUGGUAUCAAAGUGAAACAAUUUAUGAACAUUGUUGCGACGUUUGAUGUUCUUUUAUGUCAUGGAUCAGGAAUGUUUAACUUGUCGAAUGGGUUAUCUAGGAACUGAUCUCGUUACUGAGGAGAGAACCAGCUUGGAAUUAGUAGAUCCAGUAAUAUCGAGCCGACGUGACAGCGGUAUGACCACGAUCAAGGAAGACCACUAUCUCGAUGCUUUGACGGAAUUCAUACGACGAUGUGACCAGGAGGAUGUGAUGUUAGCCUGGAUCAAGAAUAGGUGCCCCAAUAUCUUAAAUGUGCUUCCCAUCGUAGAAAGCUCACCAAGUAACCCUGUCAGGGUAAUUGGUGUAGGAUGCGGGAACGGUAUAAUGGAUAUGCAAGUUCUACGAGAGAUGAGUUCGUUGAGUGCCUUUACACAAGAGAUCGCCAUCGAGCCGAAUGAUGCCGAACUUCUCCGAUUUAAGGCGAGGAUAGAAGAAGACGAAAAACUAAAAUCGUUUGCCUUCGACUGGAUACAUGCGACGACAGAAGUUUUUGAGGUAACUAUGAAUCAACUUGUCGCAGAGGGCGCAUUCCCAAAAGUUCAUUUCGUCCACAUGUUGCAGAUGUUGUACCAUGCACGAGACAUGGAAUCUACCAUUACUAAUUAUUACAAGGCACUGCUUGAUGGCGGAGUUAUGCUCAUUACGAUAGCUUCAAAAAAGAAUAACGAUAUGUUCAAGUCUUUCCUUGACCUCGAGCCAAAGCGGAAUAAACAAGCCCCAAAGAACAAGAAACGCUACAGUGAUGACGUCACACGUGUCAUGCGACGUCUGGGCCUCAAGUAUGACAUCGAGAACGUCAUCUACCAUCUGGACAUCACGGAAUGCUUCAAGGAAGAUUCCAAAGGUGGCAAACUUCUUCUGGAUUUCAUCUGCCUCACCAACGCUGCUCAGGUCUACCAAACGCUGACGACCUCAGACAGGGACCGACUGAUGAAAAGGCUGCUGGACCACUGCGAACAGCAUCCCGACGGCCGGGUUACCGUCCGGCUAAGCUUCGAUGCCAUCGUGGUGGCAAAGAGCAGUGAGCAAACGUUACUAGUUCCAUCUUCAGCCGAUAGCAGCGCGGAUGAAAACAAAAUGGACGCCCAAUGAAGUUUAUCGCCCUCUAUAGUCUAGGAGUACCCAUUUUCGGAUAUGACCGAUAUGUAUAUUUUGAUCAAGUAACUUAUAUAUUAGGCUUUACCCGUGUAACAUUGGCUAUCCUGAUCAUCGUUAUAUUUCUGAUGGUCACGGUUGAGAAGGAGUUUGUCAUUUGUAUUGUAGUAACUUAUUUUGAAAGGUUCGUGUUAUAGGAAAGGGAUACAUAACCAGUUGCUUGUUAUGUAGAGAACAAGUCUUGAUUAUUUAAUGAACGAUAUAGGAUGGAGUAUUAGCCUGCAGUAGUCACGUGGUUGGAUUCGAAGUAACUUACCCUAGUAAUACGUAGUUUAAAAAGUAUGAAGAAUCAAUCCACAAAAUAGACCCUAUGCCAUUGACAUCUAUUAAUACAUUGAAAAUCAGGGCAGCUGUUCAUAUUUGUGUGUCUGUUACAAGAAAAAGAGGCUUUGUUUUAUAUGUAUUCAAAAACUUUGGUUACUGUGUCAUUGAUGUUAAUGUAAGUUUUUUUUUUCUUGCACGCUGGCAACCACUGUAAUCACUUCCAAAAUUUAAAUAAAGGUUGAAGGUUGAUUUUAUAGAUUUGGUGCUUUGGUCCGUGCGAAAUUUACGACGAAAAUUAAUUAUUCGAACUUGCCACUCUUUACUCCGAAUGGUACUGGAUAAUAACCACGUAUUUAUUCAAAGCUGCGCGGAAAUCAAUAUUUUACCGUAAGAGAUUUUUAAAAGGUAUGAGUAGCAUCUUAAACGCUCUUUAAAAUAAUGCCAAAAUAUCGCAUUCCAGACGAGAAUUUGAAUUCGUAUGGAAAUACUUUAGCUGAAUGUAUAUACCAAUCUUCUCUUUGGAUUGUGGUAUGACUUUUUGAAAUUUAACAUACAUUUACGGUGCUGAUAUUCAGCUGUACAAUCAAUCUAGGGUUUUUACUUUUUUAUUUUAUAUUAUAGUAAGUAAAGUGUUUUUAGUCAGUGUAUCACUCUUGGUCAGCGAAGAUGGAUGUCCUGUCAUUUUAGGAAAACAUGUAUCAUUUUAUGUACAUUUAGAUGAAUUUUAGAUAUAAUAUAAUUUAUUGUUUAUAAUUAUGUUUACAGGGUCAAAGGGUAAGACAUUCGAAUGUAUAUAGAUGAGAUCAUGAUUUAGAAUUAGUUUUGACGAAACACAGUAGUACCGCGCGGACAACUGUUUGAUCAUUCAUUGAGGAGGUUUUUUAUAGGGUUGUAUACUUAGAUAAUGAUUUUAUUAAGAAGUGCCAAUUAGACACUUUAUAGUUUCUCAAGACUUUUGAUGAAAUUUGACUGCAAUUCCAAUAUCAUCUCUAUUUCAAAAUACUAUCAAUUUCGUUUAAAGACUUUAACAAUAGGAUAUUCAUCUUCUUUGGCCUGUCAUAUCUUGUUCUUUUGGGAAAUCAUGAUAAACUUUACUGAUCUGCGCAUUGGCCAAGGCUUAAAUGAAACAUCUUCUGUUUGUCAUGCCACAUGGGUGUGCUUCAUACAGUGGCUUAAUGAGCCAAAAUUUGGAGAGGGGGCGAAUGUGGCGUAUAGGGUUGAAUUUAUGAAAAGUUGCGAGCGAGCGAAGCGAGUGAGCAAAAAAAAUUAUUACAAAAAUCAAAUUUUGUGAUAGAUUUGACAAAAAAUUCAGAGAAUAAUGUUAUAUUUCACCCUUCUUUCAAUUUCUUUCCUUUUCUCUUUUUUUUUCUUAGUUCCAAUCUGUAAGCCAGUGGCUUCAUUAAACAGUUGAAAUAAGUUACGAGCAACCACAAAUAAUAUAUAUUUAAGAUGAACGGUUCAUGAAGGUUUUCAGCACUGACAAAAUCAUUCGACAUUAUCCAACAGUCAGUAAAACUAUCAAGAACUGUGCUUCUAAACAAAGAAAAUAUUUCAGAUCUGUCAACUUGUAAGAAGACGAAAUUAUGAACCCCCCCCCCCGUGUAUAUCUUGUUCAUGUCUGCACGACAUACUUUAUAAAACAGCACUCUGUUGAAGUUUCGUGUUUGUAUCUCCUUGAUUAAAAGGGAGCUAGGCUGUGUUAUCAACCUUAAAAUAGUCGAAAUAGCUUACUUUAGAAGAUAUGCAGCAUCAUAAGAAAAUUAACAUAAUUUUGCUUAUUUUCCAAGUUUCCAAUUUCUGCGUAAGCUUUAAUUAUUUCUCAACUAAAUUUAGUAUCCCCUAUUUCAAAUGUGGAUGCUGUGUUUCACAUUUGGUUCAAUUAAAAAUGGUAAAUCUAGAUAACUGGAAAUUAGAUAGAUUAAUCUAUGAAGAUAUGAUAUAAAUUAUCUUGUUGCAUUGUCGUAUGAAAUGAGAAGAAUAUCAUUCAAUAGUACACUCAAAGUUGAAAAGGUUUCGGUACCUUAUGAUUAUAAUGAAUAAUUAAGGUGAAACUUAGCAUUCUGGGGUUAAACAUGGUUUAAUAUUAUCAGAAUGGCACACAAAAGACGUAAAGUUUUACAACUUUUGAAAACUACUCCAUGUAGUGUGGCAUUUGACGUAUUUGAUAGCAUUUUCAACGUAAUGCAGAAUUUUCAUUUUUUCCUUAGAGUGUCUGGAGAUGUGAUGUUGCUUAUCGAAGACUUAUUUAGAAGUUUUUAUUUAUAAACUAUUAAGAGUACUGUAGUCAAUAAGCCUAUUUCUCUUUUUAGUUAUUGAACUUUAUAAACGCUUCUUUGAAAGGGACUUAAAUUUUAUUACAUGUAUUUGAAGAAAUCCCCAUCGACAGGUUGAAGGUCAAUCAACAGUUAUAUAUUUACGUCCUUAGCAGUGUUUUAUUUUUCAUCCAAAGUCAACUGAUCACUGACAACAGACGAUCAGGCCUUUUCAAUUUCAAUUUUCAAUCUCUGUAAUUAUAGAGUUCGAUUGUUGAGUACAAUUUGGAGAAUCCAGUUUCCAUUUUUUAUUUGCUAUAUCUAGCAAGCCUCAAGCAAGGCAAGCUUUUAAGUUCCAACGAGCGAAUGCUGACGAGAACAUUAUCUGUAUUAUGUCAGUAAACAGCGCGAUGUUUGUAGGAACUGAAACAGUACAGUUGACUCAGUAAAAGUAGCCUCUUGUCGAGGCCCUGGUGGCUGCUUCCCGAGCGAAGCGAGGGAUUUCCUAAUUCGCGAAGCGAAUUAGGCCUUGCGCUCUGCUUCGCGCUCUCCCUUGCUUUAUUAGCCAUGUUUGCUCGGAAAGCAGCCGACAGGCCCUCGACAAGAGUAAAAGUAAAAGUGACUGUCACACCGGAGGCUCAUUGCAGAAAGAGUUGUGAUCAAACGUAACUUGAAUUUCAACCAAUGAAAUGCCAGUAGUAGGAUCUUGCGACCAAUUAGAUGUGCGUAUCAGGGGCCGCGGAACCGGGGGGGCUGGGGGGGCUUCAGCCCCCCCACUUUUUUCCAAAAUCGUGUACAAAAACGUAAAAUUUACCAUAUGAUUGUGAUUUUUAGCAUGGUCAGCCCCCCACUUUUGGCUCAGCCCCCCCCCCCCCACUUUGAAAACCGUUCCGCGGCCCCUGCGUAUGAUGGACUUGUGAUUGAUUUUUCAAAGUUACGUUUACACGGUAACCCUUUCUAAAACGGACCUCUUGACGUUUUUGUCUAGUCUUCAAGCACAGACCCUUGGUUUUCACAAUACCCAUAGUUCAUAAUGCAGAGCCUGAAGUAGUAAGACUAGAUUCACUAUGUACUGUGGCUUGCUCUACUUGACACAGACAGAGCCUUGGCGUCUAGUCUUCAUUCUAGACCUGCUAUUGGCUGAAUUGUCAAAUACAAAGACGUUACUACGAGUAUGUGCUUGCAGACUAGCUUAGUCUGUGUACGACGACCUUCCGUACGUGUUACAUGCAGUUUUCUCUUAUAUUCCUAUUCUUCAUAUCAAUCAUUCCAUUUUCAUAUCAAGAAUUGUAAUUUGACAAUAAGUCUAUAUCAAGUAUUUGAAUUCUUUAUAAUAAAUUAUUUCGUGUUGUUAAAAAGAGGCAAUUGUUGAUAUAGAAAUUGGAUCAAGAAUACGACUUGUCAUAGCCUAAACGUACGUCGGCACACGUAGACAAAAAUGUUCAGGUGUGAUAUUAGCAUAUUUUCGCGAACACUCCGCAGAUAUGCUUUCCACAACGCACCAAUUCCUUUGAAAGUGGAAGGGUCAAAUCAUAAUGGACCGGGAUAGCAGAUUCGGACCGGACGAAAAAUGGCAAAUAUGCCGCUUGUUCCGAGUCCAGGAGGACACUGCUAGUUUUAAUCACCAAUUUUCGAACAAGGGUAGUGUUAUCAUCAUCGAAGGGCUUUUAAAAAAAAAUUAUCUGCGUUAUGGAACGCGUCUGCGCAGUGAUUGCGAAAAGGCCCUAUUUCCAUUAGAUUCAGAGAGGGGUAGUAUUUGACCGAUGUCGUUAUUGCUCCGAGUCUUUCCUGAUAUUUUAUGUAAGGACAAUGUCUUGUAUAGCUAAUAUUUAGUCGUAUCGUAUGAAAAUAUAUCUAAAUCAAUGUGUACAUGCAAUAUUACCAUGGUUGUGGAACUCACAAUUUUAUUGAGCAUUUUAUUGAACAUUUUAUCGAAUAAACAAUUCUAUUUAUGUGAA